AUGGGGUUCAUUUCCUCAUUGUUGUGCUGUUCUUCGUCGUCGUCGUCAUCUUCAGGAUCGCCAAGCAAGCCGGCCGAAAAACGCGGUGCGCAGCAGCGACAGCUAUCGCCACAGAAGUCGAGGAUCCACUCGUCGCUGUCUAAAUCGACCCGCCAGCUGCCAGCCAGCCAGGAGGGCUCGCGAGAUCGUAUACGCGUGUCCCAGCCCCCCAACGGCGCUGUACCCUCAGCACCGGGCUUGCCGGUCUCGGCAACCACGGCCACUGUAGUGACCACAAAGACAGCCGAGGGAACCGACUACAAGUCGCCCCUCGUGGUGAAUAACGCCCAUAAAAACGACGACGAUCUCGACGAAGAAGAAACGCAACACAAGGAGGAUAAACAGAUGGUCUCGGUGUACAACGGCGAGACCGAGUCCAGCACAGGCACCGCUGACGAGCACAAUGCACCAACUGCCAAUCUGCCGCAGCUGCCGGCCCAGAAUCAGGCUGCAGUAACAAACGAAGAAACUGCGAUAAUAGUCACAAAUGAGGCCGACCAGGCUAGCAGUGCUGAAGACUCUGGAGGUGAACUGCAACCCUUGCCCUCUUACGAAUAUGACCCGGAACAGGAUGGUCCGCAAGAAGUUGUCGAUCUCACAAUGCUUCAACCCGACCAAGCCCACGCAGCAGGCUAUUCCACUUUAUUGGCACCUCGCGCCUCAGAAUUCGAGGGUAAAAAAUGUUUGGUGCUUGACUUGGACGAAACGCUUGUACACUCUUCCUUCAAGUUCCUGCGUAGUGCGGACUUUGUGAUUCCCGUGGAGAUCGACAACCAGGUUCACAAUGUUUACGUCAUUAAAAGACCAGGGGUUGACGAGUUUUUGAAGCAUGUUGGCCAAUUAUAUGAAGUUGUCGUAUUCACUGCGAGUGUCUCGCGCUAUGGGGAUCCUCUACUAGACGUACUGGACCAAAACCACUGCAUACAUCAUCGUCUUUUCAGAGAUUCCUGCUACAAUUAUGAUGGUAACUACAUCAAGAAUCUGUCUCAGAUCGGUAGACCUCUGAGCGAUUUGAUAAUUCUCGACAACUCGCCAGCGUCUUACAUUUUUCACCCGCAGCAUGCAAUUCCUAUAUCGUCCUGGUUUUCGGAUGUACACGAUAAUGAAUUGUUAGACAUCAUGCCUCUGCUAGAAGAUUUGGCCGAUGGAAAUGUACCAGAUGUCGGUAGAAUUCUGGAUGUCACUAUAUGA